AUGAGAGCCAGAGACAUAGAGAUUGAUAACCUAAACACCAUGGCCAACUACUUGAUGUUGCUAUCCCAGGGAGGAGAAUUCCAGACGGUUAACAACUACCCGAGGCGUGUUUUCGAGUGCAAGACGUGUAACCGGCAGUUUACUUCCUUCCAAGCGCUCGGUGGCCACCGGGCGAGUCACAAGAAGCCAAGGUUGAUGGAAGACUUGAAUCAGCAAACUGACCAAUCGGAAACCUCACCUCCCAAACCCAAAACACACGAGUGCUCAAUUUGUGGCCUCGAGUUUUCGAUAGGGCAAGCGUUGGGAGGCCAUAUGAGGCGGCAUAGGGCGGCCACUGUGAAUGAAAACCAGCUGCCUCCUCUAUCUCUCUCACCUCCACCAGCUCCUGUUGUGAAGAAGUCAAAUAGUAGGAGGGUUUUGUGUUUGGAUUUGAACUUGACACCAAUGGAGAAUGAUUUGGAGUUUGGGAUUGGGAAGGUAGCUCCUAGAUUGAUUGCUUUUUAUGAUUGA